GUCGAGUCGGCUUGGUGUUGUUUACUGAAUUACGUUUGUUGUUUUUUCUAUUAAGUAACAGUUAAUUUUUCCAAAAUGUCUAUCCGAACUUAUGGUGAUAAGCCGAUCAGUUUCCAAGUUGAAGAAAAUGGAGAAUAUUACUGCAUUGGAUCUGAAGUCGGUAAUUAUUUGCGAAUGUUUCGAGGAUCCUUAUAUAAAAGGUAUCCUGGAAUGUACCGAAGAACUCUUGGAAAUGAAGAAAGGAAAAGGCUUAUAGAACUUGGACUAAGCUCUCAUUGUUUAGCCUCCAGUAUAUCUUUACUAAGAGCUUCAGAAGUCGAAGAUAUCAUUGAGGGAAAUGAUGAAAAAUACAAAGCUGUUUCAGUUCAUUCUUCUGAAACUCCUAUUACGAGUUCUUCUAAACCCAAAAAAGCUAUGCCUUGGGUACCUUCGCUUCCAAAUAGUUCACAUUUAGAUGCUGUACCACAGGCAACACCAAUUAACAGAAAUAGAGUUGUUAGUAAAAAAGUUAGAAGCUUUCCUCUUUGCUUUGAUGACACUGAUCCAUCAUCUAUAAUGGAAAAUGCUUCACAAAUGGAAGUACUUGUACCAAUACGUCUUGAUAUGGAAAUAGAGGGACAGAAACUUCGUGAUACAUUUACUUGGAAUAAAAAUGAAAGUUUGAUAACACCAGAGCAGUUUGCAGAAAUACUUUGUGAUGACCUAGAUUUGAAUCCUCUCAGUUUCGUCCCUGCUAUAGCCCAAGCUAUUCGUCAGCAAAUUGAAGGUUUUCCUACUGACAAUAUUUUAGAAGAUCAGACUGAUCAAAGAGUUAUAGUUAAACUGAAUAUACAUGUUGGUAAUACCUCUCUCGUUGAUCAAAUCGAAUGGGACAUGAGUGAAAAAGAGAAUAGUCCUGAACAGUUUGCUAUGAAAUUGUGUGCGGAACUUGGAUUAGGAGGCGAAUUUGUUACAGCUAUUGCUUAUUCUAUUCGAGGACAGCUUAGUUGGCAUCAGAAAACGUACGCUUUUAGUGAAUCUCCUCUUCAAACUGUUGAAGUGCCUUUCCGACCGCAGUCAGAAGCAGAUCAGUGGUGCCCGUUCCUGGAAACCUUGACUGACGCAGAGAUGGAGAAGAAGAUAAGAGAUCAGGACAGAAAUACAAGAAGAAUGAGGCGAUUGGCCAACACUACUCCUGGGUGGGCGGCCACCUAAACAAGCCGUAACGCCUAAGUGAAUGGAACCGGAAGGAGCAGAUGGUGUUGUCCAGGCACAACGGAAAACCUAGUCACGGUUUUAGGCCAAACGUUCCAAUACUGAAUUUUUCAGCGGAUCAUCUGUGAAACAAAUAAGGGACGAUGCCUGAGAAAACUGACAUAUCUUCUUAGUAGGAUACUAAUCUCAACAUUUAAUUUGUAUCUAGUAUAUAAUUUUUAUACUUUCUUAAUUUUUGAAAAUUAUCAAAUGCCAUAAUGUAUUAUUUCAUUAUUAAUAUUAUAGACUUUUAUGUAUAAUGAAAUGUAAUAGAAGUUAUAUAUAACUAAUAAAUUAAAAUUUAUAUUAUUUUAAUUUGUUGAUAUAUGAGCCUGUAAUCAACCCCAAUUGGACAUAGUUAUGCAGAAACUGAGUUAUAUUUUUUUCAAAAUUUUUUACACAUGUGUUACUUAAUGAAUUUCUCAAUGUAUUUGUAUUAUCUGUAUUGAAUGGUUAGUGACAACAGCUAUUUACAUUUUUGUCCAGGGCCAUGCAAAUCUUACUAUAGAAGAAAGGAAAUAAUGCAGAAAUUGGUUUGAAUGCCUAACUGCGCUUAAAAAACAAAAGCUUUUAUGUUUCUGCAUAACACUCCAAUCUUUCUAUGAAAUUUAAGUUUUAGAACUCCUUAAGCAUAAUUUUAUUAACUUAUGCAAACUUAAUAAAAAUGAAAGUAAUAAAUUGAAUAACAAGAUCA